AAGAGUAGACAAACAUCGCUGCGCAUUCCAGCUUUAGACUUUCUGAUCAAGGGAUUCUAGGCAACCGGACCACCAUUUGAAAAGUAAAAGUAAAUUUGAUCUGCCGCCAUUGUGUCAAUUUUUGUGUUAAUUUAUAGCUAAAAGGACAUAAUCGUUUGGUUUAAUUUAACAUUUGAUGAUGCACCGAGCACACUGUGUUUUAUUGUCAGGACUGCUGAUGAUCGCCGAAGGUUUGAUUGUAAAAGGUCCGUCUGGUCCUGUGGUUGCUCCUCUGGGAUCUUCAGUGGUUCUUCUCUGUUCUGUUGAUGAAUCUUUACCAAUAAAGGAUCUGGAGGUGGAGUGGAAGAGAACACACUCAGAGUCUUUAGUUCAUCUGUAUCAGGACGGAGAGAGUCGAGCAGAAGCCCAGCAGCAGGAUUAUCAGGACAGAGCUCAUUUCUUCACUGAUCAGAUUCAACAUGGAAACUUCUCUCUCCGUCUGGAUGAUCUGAGAUCUGAAGGAGGACAGUACACAUGUACAGUUCACGGUCAGCGGGAGUCUGGAGAAACUAUGGCUGAAAUAAAGGUUGAUGUUGAGCGUUUGAGAGUGUCAGGAUCGAGUCGCUCUGUAUCAGUGUCUGUGGAUGAAGACGUCACUCUGAACUGCUUUGUUGACUCUAACAUCACACUUCAAGACAUUGAAGAGGUUUCAUGGAAGAAAACAGAUGAAGAUAUUAUGGUUCUGCUCUACCAACAGCAUACGGCUUUACCAGAGGCAUCAAACGAGCGAUACAGAGACAGGGUUGAGUUCUUCAGUGAUGAAAUCUCCAAAUUAAACUUCUCUCUCAGACUGAAGAGCGUCAGAACUGAAGAUAAAGGAGUUUAUAUGUGUGAGGUGUUAGCUGGAGAACUUUCAGGCAAUACUACUGUAGAACUGGAGAGACUGGGUUUCUCAGCUUUACACAUACUGGUGUUGAUUCUCUGUGUUUCUGCGUCUGGAUCUGCUCUUCUGUUCUGCUGCCUCAUCUACUGCAGAUCAUCUACUAAAGAACCAGUCUUCUGUCUUCAGAUGUUUCUGGUCUUCUCUCCAAAUGUCCUGAUGUUUCUGGCGUUUGUUUUCUGGGCUGUUUCUGAAGGAUCUCUGUUUGAGUCCGUCUCUUGUUGUUCUCUUUAUUUUCUGAGACCUCUCCUGCUGCUCUGGACGGCUCCGUAUGACUUCCCAGGCAAAAUUAAAACAUGGGUUCAGAGGUAUAGUUUUAGAACAGAAUAUAUCGUUUUCUCAGCUGUUUUUAUUCAGUUCUCUUUAAAUCUGCCUGGGACAAAAAUCUAAAUUACUCUGGAUUUGAAGGAGCCUUGAUCAUAGUCUUCUUUGUGUUUGUGCUUCUGUUGAACCUCUUCUAUAUUAUUUUCUCGUUGGCUAUUUUUACUGAUAAAUUUAGUCUACGGAUCAGGACUAUAUUCGAUGUUCUGGCUAGAAUAAGCUUCGAUGUCCUUCCUUCUCUACAAUUCAUCCUCCUGUUCUUCAGCUUUGGAUCCGCUAGA